GUUGCUCGCAUAAGUUAUACCGCACAGUCAAACCGUGACCAGAGCAACCUCAGGUCGUCGUAGAUAGCUGCAACCAUGGCCUCCCUAAUCCCCAUUUUCUUCUUGCUCGUAGUCACUGUGGGCCUUAUGGCCUGUGGCUAUCUGUUCGUUCCUAAGGGUCCUCAGCAGACGCUCGUUCGAACGUCCAUUGCGCUUACUCUGGCGGUCUGCUAUCUCAUGUGGAUGAUUACAUACCUUGCACAAUUGCAUCCUUUGAUUGAACCCUACAGGUCACCAAAGGUUGAGAGCUAAUGGGUAGAUGUAUUUGCUCGGGCUUGAUUCAUAACCAGUUUUAUAACAUUGUUCGGAUAGCACUACUUCAUUAAUUCAUAUCCUUGCGCUUCUUCCAG